AUGGUCUGCCCGCUGGACCUCGCUCUCACCGGAACCGCGUGGGCUCGCUUUCUGAACGAGCUGCUCACGUGCGGGCUCCUCGACGCAGCCCCCUUCUCCUCUUCGGCUGCACUACAGCUGGCGAUCGACCGCCUCGAUGUGUCGCCAGCGGCGCUGGAGGUGAAAGAGCCCGAUCUCCUCCCGGUGGGGGGCCUCGCCGCCGCGGCCGCGCUGGCGGGAGAUGCUGCUCAUGCGCAGCGCGGGGCGCCUCGCCGAGCCAGCGCCGCGGCGUCUGCGGCGAGGCCGGCGGCGGCUGCACGCGCGGCCCUCGCGCCAUGCCUCGCCCCGCUGGCCUGCACCCCGCUCUGGGCAGACGGUUACCUUCGCGAGCUGGCCCACGGAGCUGGCCCACGGAGCUGGCCCACGGAGGCUGGCCCACGGAGCUGGCCCACGGAGCUAGCCCACAUGGAAGGUGAGCCGUCGGCAACCAUGGCACGCUGGCUUCGCUUCGCUAACACGCUGGGGGCGCUCGAGCUCCUCGCCGCCGACGUCGCGCCGCGGCGGCAGCGCGCCCGCAUUGCCUGGCGCCCGACGAUUUGGCCCGCCAGUUCAUCCUGCUGUCGCGGGCGCUUCACCUCUUCGUCGACCGCGCUCGCUCGCCGGCCAGUCUCGGCGCGGUCCGCUACCGCCGACGGCGGCUCGGCGAGCGGCGCUGGCGCGUGCCUCGCUCGGGCUCGUUCGCGCCGCGGCGGCAGCGCGCCCGCAUUCUGCCUGGCGCCCGACGAUUUGUCCUGA